AUGUCUACUCAGACAAGUAUGAUAUCGAAUAAACCAACAGGAAAAACUCUUUUAACUCAUAUCGUACCGUUGGCUGAAAUGGACAGUGAUUUAUUUAAACCAUUACCGCAUUGUCAAGAUUGCAAAACAUGUUUAAAAUUAAGUUGGACAGUUGGGAUGAAUAUUAGUAUCCCUAUUAUCAACAUGACUGUUGGUGGAAAAACGAGAUAUUUUUAUGUUCUUGGAAAUGUUGGCAUCUUAGCAUCAGGUGAGAAUAAUGAUAAUAAGGAAAGUGACUUCAUAGCACAAUUUUCACUUUCAGGUAGUGGAAAAGCCCAAAUAAUAUUACAAGGUCAUGUGAAUAGAAUCGUCAGUGCCUCGGUUAGUAACGAUAAACAAUGGUUGAUUACUGCCGAAUCUGGCGUCCAAGCAUUUUGUAUUGUAUGGAAUGCUUACACUGGUCAACCAGUAAAAUAUUUAACAGAUAUUCAUGAACAUGGCAUUUGUCAAGUGUACAUGAGCAAAGAUGCUAAAUUAGUGGCCAUUUUAACAGAAGUGCCACAACAAAAAAUUGUUCUGUGGCGAUGGUCAAACGAUGAAUCGAUGCCAACGUCUCUACCCGUCAUUCCUCUUCAAUGUGAACAACAAACAUUUUUUACAAUGUUGGAAAAUCAUUCCCUAUUUUGUAGUUGUGGACAUGAUAGUGCCAUAUUUUAUAUACCAAGUAAAGAUUCUGAAACAGUGAGGCUGGAAGUGCACAAUGAUAUUCAAAAAAAAUUAAGACAAAGAACGGUACAAAUCAUAUUUUGCUAUAUGCUACCAGAUUCAAAACAAGCCGUAAUCAUUACGAAAACGGGCAAAGCAAUAUUUUUCGAUGUUGAAUAUGCCGCAGUAGGCCUACGCAGCAGUCCCGAUCAAACUCGUUAUCAACAGUUCAUCGUGACUUCAGCCACCACGUUCAAUAAACCAAGUCAUUCUACAACGAAUAUUCACGACAGUGUCUCAACUACCUCUUCCGCUGGUAUAGUGAGAGAAAAUCAAGUGUAUGUGGUGGAAACUGUAAUGAAACGUUUACACGAUCUUCAGCGUCAAAUAACUGCCAUUGAAUAUUUUUCAUCACAUAUUAUUAUUGGCACGGAAACAUCUCAGAUAGUCGUUUAUGACUCAAAUUUGCAUUUUAUUAAACAAUAUUCUCUGUUUGGUAUCGGACCGUUGUAUUCGAUAGCAGUUAAUAAAUUUAGUGAUGGUGAUCGAAAAGAAACCAUAGACACAUUAACAAGCACUGAGAAAAUAUUUGAAUUAAAUGAAGUUAUUUGUGGAUCGAAUAGUGCAGUCAUCAUUACACAAAAAAACUUUCAGUUAAUCAAAAUUGUUCAGAUAAUGCCAUUAGGACAAAUAACUGAUAUUUGUUUGAGAGCAGUAUCGUCUGUUUUACUUGUUGGUACAAGUAUUGGACAUUUGUAUGUCUGGCACGGAGAGAGUCGUGUGCUAUUUAUCGACAAACAAAUAUCAUCGGCAUCUACAAUUGGUAUAUCAAAAUUAUGUUUAAGUGGUGAUGGCUCUCAUUUGGCUGUUGGUCUUGAUAAUGGUCUCAUUUGGGUGUAUGAUGCAGCCACAUAUAAUCCGUUGAACAAUCAUCCGUUACACAAUUCAAGAUCUCCUGUCACACUCAUUGAAUAUUCUCCUAACGGUAUAUUUCUUGCUGCAAUUGUUGAUAGUACUGCUGUGUCACUCUACAUUCGCGAUGCAAAAAAAUCGAAUAUUUAUCAUAAUUAUGGGCGAUGUGUUGCUCAUUUCAAUGGUGUUAGCGCUAUUUUGUUUACAGAAGACAAACAGACAAAAAGACAAUGUUUGUUCUCGUGCGGCGGUGAUGGAGAUCUCGUCGAAUAUACUGUUGAUGGUGAACGAUUGUUUCCAUUUGGUGUUCAAUCGAGAUCAAAUUUGUGUGAUUAUCCAUAUUAUGCACACUCUGUUGUCCAAUAUUCAUCAGACCCAAAAAAUCACUAUCUCGUUUGUUCUAUAAGUGAUGCAAGAAUUAAAUUCAUUGAAUUGGCAACAAAACGAUGUCGAUGGACAAUACAAGUAUUUCCUCAAUAUCAAAUCUAUGAGCAGAUCAAAGUGUGGCCAGUCGAUUGCAAUGAUCAGUAUGAAUCGAAUUAUUUGGCAUUUCGUAGUACAGAUUAUAUUGGUGUAAUGAAACUGCCUGGUACUGGUAGUCCUACUGAAUGUGAUUUGAUAUUAGCUCAUGGAGGUGGUGUUCAAACAAUUGAUGUUGCAACUGGUCGUAACGUUAUCGUGUCGUGUGGACGUAAAGAUAGUUGUAUUUUUAUUUGGAAAUUUGAUCUCGACUGCAUGAAAAAACGUUUACAACAAAAUCAACAAAAUCCAAUGAAGAAUUUUUAUUCAUUAUUAGAUUGGUCAUCCAACGAUGCUCAUAGUGAAUAUCGUGAUUUAGAACUAAUAUUUUAUUACAUUCAACUACAAGAUUCAACCAAUUUAAAAAUAAAUGAGAAAAUUCCAUUAACACUAGUACCCGAUUUUGCACGUGCCAUUGGUGUUUAUCUAAGUGAAAGAAAAAUUCAAGAACUGUACGAUGAACUAUGUUACACUAAGCAAAUAUCAAAUCCAAGAGAUAUUUAUAUUGAUUUUUCGGAAGUAAUUCGAAUUUAUUUUAAUCAUUUGACAUCAAUUCCGACGUCAUCAAUAAAAAUUAUUAAGACAUUCUUUGAAGAAGUGACAAGUAAUCAACAAAAUAAAAAUGCUACAUUGAACAUCCAUGAUUUAUUGCAAAUUUUAGUCACGGAAGGAGAACGAAUGACAAUUGAUGAACUUCGUGAGGCAUUUUAUGCUGUAGACAUUUUCACUACUGAUAUCGAAAAUUUUCAUGAUUUGUCAGAAAAUUAUACGUUGAAUGAAUUUUUAAAAUUAUUUUCUCGUAAGGAUUCGAAUGGAAUGUUGCCUAAUGAUGAACAUGAAGCAGAAGCGUUUAGUAAUGGUAAAGAAGAAGAUAUUACCACGAUUAAUGAACAUAAACUAAUGAAAUCUCAUAUGAACCAUUAUUCUGAAACCACUCAACCAAAUAAAUUUGUUGUAUCUCAAACACUUGAGCAUGAUUAUGUUGACAUAUUAAAACCACGAGAAAAACGGCGAGAUACAAAAUAUAGUUCAAUUUUUAGUGCUACAAGUAGUACAAAUGGACCGACUUAG